AUUUCAGACCUUGAGAGUUCAGAAUGUUGCAAUCUCCAUUGAGCCCCCAUGAUGUCACAGGUCAGCUUACGACCUUCAGGUCAUACGUUGCUCUCAUUGCAGAUCCCACCCCAGGGAUUGUUGAGAAGAAAUUGAAGGCAGCUCAAGAACUCAGUGAGAACUUUGAAAGUGUUGUACUGUCCCCCCAGUACUCACAGUUUCUGGGUGAGGCUCUGAAGGUCUUCCUCAAGAUCCUAGAUGAAGGGGAGCCUCAGUUCAUUGCAGAACAAAACAUGCAGCAACUGAGAAAGUUACUGCUGGAGAUAAUUCACCGCAUUCCUAGCAAUGAACACCUGAAGAAAUAUGUCCAACAGAUCCUUUCACUCAUGUUCAAACUCUUAAAGAUUGAGAAUGAGGAGAACGUCUUGGUUUGUUUACGUAUUAUAAUAGAGCUACACAAACAGUACAGACCACAGAUGAACGAGGAGAUUAAAGACUUCCUUCAGUUUGUGAAAACUAUCUACAACACCAUUCCUAGUCACCUGACCAAAAUUUUUGAGCCUCGCAGUCAGAUUAAGGUCAAGGACGUUACGGAGGUCAAUGUCGAUACCAUACUGCAGGAGACCUUCACCACGACAACCAUCCUAACAGACAAGAAAAACGCCGACAAUCAGAACAUAUCAUACAACAUUAUCCCCCGUGGUGUCCUGUCACUGAAGGUGCUGGCCGAGUUACCCAUUAUAGUGGUCCUCAUGUACCAACUGUACAAACCUAAUGUACACCAGGAAGUUGCAGAGUUCAUUCCCCUGAUCAUGAACACCAUUACACUACAACCCUCAGCCACUCACAAGACCAGUCCGUCAUUCAAUAAGGAGGUGUUUGUGGAUUUCAUCGCCGCUCAGAUCAAAACUCUUUCAUUCCUAGCUUACAUCAUCAGGAUUUAUCAGGAACAAGUCCAGCAGCAUGCCAAUCACAUGGUGAGUGGACUUCUUGGAUUGCUAGAAUUCUGCCCGCAGGAAGUGGCCCAUCUAAGGAAGGAGUUACUGAUAGCAGCCCGGCACAUACUGGCCACAGACCUCAGAAACAAGUUUGUGCAGGUCAUUGACAAACUGUUUGAUGAGAAGAUUUUGAUUGGAUCAGGAUGGACAACUCAUGAAUCUUUACGCCCCCUGGCCUACAGUACACUAGCUGACUUAGUCCAUCAUGUGCGUCAGUCCCUGCCCCUGAAAGAGCUAUCAAUGGCAGUCAAUCUGUUUUCUAAGAAUGUCCAUGAUGAAUCCCUCCCCAGCAGUAUCCAGACAAUGUCCUGUAAACUUCUGCUGAACCUUGUGGAGUGUAUCAGAGCCAAGAGUGAGGCAGAAAACGGAAAUGGGAGAGAACUGUUGAUGAGAAUGCUGGAAGUUUUUGUCCUGAAGUUUAAAACCAUUGCCAAGAUUCAGCUGCCGCAGAUACUACAGAAAUGCAAACAGCAGCCACAGAGUCCUACACAACAGACACCGACCUUGACUGAUGCCAAACAGAAUGUGGAGGUCAAGGUCGAGGCCCCUAAGACUCCGGUAGAGGAGAGUAAGCCCCCAAUGACUGCCUCACUACUGGCAGACACAGCCACCAAGGACACCGACAAGGCAUGGACUGAAAAGUCACUGCAGAACCGUUUUGGUGUGACUCCUAGUCAGUACAGCGUUUAUUCAGUCAGUGACUGUAGAAGUCUGGUCAAGACUCUAGUGUGUGGAGUUAAAACCAUCACCUGGGGCAUUGUAUCCUGUAAGGCUGUAGGGACAGAAGCGGCUACAGUCCAGAACAAGCAGUUCCUGCCUAAGGAGGCCCUGGUCUACAUCCGUCUUGUCAAGUUUGCUUUGCAGGCGCUGGACAUCUACACUAUCAAUAUCGGAGCUAAUGGUCAAGCGGUCAUCAGACCAGCAGUGGUUCAAACAGUGAGAACUAAAGAAGAGAAGGAGGUGCUGGAACAUUUUGCUGGAGUGUUCACGAUGAUGCAUCCAUUGACUUUCAAAGAGAUUUUCUCAUCAACUGUUGAGUACAUGGUGAAUCGGAUUCACAACAAUUAUGCUCUACAGAUUGUUGCCAAUUCAUUCCUGGCUAAUCCUACCACCUCUGCCACAUUUGCCACUAUUCUUGUUGACUACCUGCUGGCCAGACUGGAGGAGAUGGGAUCCAAUCUGGACCGUUCUAAUCUCUAUCUGAAGUUGUUUAAACUGGUGUUUGGCUCAGUGUCUCUGUUUGCUAAUGAGAAUGAACAGAUGUUGAAGCCACAUUUGCACACAAUUGUGAACCGCUCCAUGGAGCUAGCGAUGAGUGCCAAGGAACCGUACAACUACUUCCUGUUAUUAAGGGCAUUGUUCCGCUCCAUUGGAGGGGGAAGUCAUGACCUGCUGUAUCAAGAGUUCCUUCCCUUGCUCCCAAAUCUACUACAAGGAUUGAACAGCCUACAGAGUGGACUACACAGACAGCACAUGAAGGACCUGUUCGUUGAGCUGUGUCUGACCGUUCCAGUUCGUUUGAGCUCCUUGUUACCAUACCUCCCCAUGUUGAUGGACCCCCUCGUGUCAGCCCUGAAUGGGUCACAGACACUGGUCAGUCAGGGACUCCGGACACUGGAGCUCUGUGUGGACAAUCUCCAGCCAGACUUCCUGUACGAUCACAUACAGCCAGUCAGAGCAGAACUCAUGCAGGCUUUAUGGAAGACCCUGAGAAGUCCAGUAGAUAACAUCGCUCAUGUUGCAUUUCGAGUCCUUGGAAAAUUUGGUGGAGGAAAUCGCAAGAUGUUGAGAGAACCCCAGAAGCUGCACUACAAUGACCGUGAGACAGUGGGACCCUGUAUCACCAUCUACUUCCAGGAUUGUAAAACCCCCAUCACUAAACCAGUGGAAAAGGCGGUGGACUUUGCCCUGACAACACUCAAGUGCAGCACCACAGAUAACUUUGCCCGGAGACAGGCCUGGGAACUUAUCAAGUGUUUCUUAGUCUCUGUGAUGAACUUAGAGGACGAAAAACUAACACUCACCAAUCUGUUUACACAUGCCAGCUUCACAGAGAAGGAGAUUCCCAUACAGACAAGUCAGCUGUACAAAAAUCCAGACGCUCACUCCAGAAAAGUCCACGAGCAAGCCCUGACCGGAAUGUUUGUUGCAGCAGCCAUUAAGGAGUUAAGACAGAUUGCUCUCCCCUUCAUGGCGUGUAUGGUCAAACACUACACCAUGAUAGCCAUAUCUCAGCAGUGUGGCCCAUUCCCAGUGGGGGACAAACAGAACAAGCUACAGGGUAUGGACACACAGAUCCUGAUAGAUGCCCUCGCUGUUAUCAUGGGACACGAAGAGAAGGAGCUGUGUAAACCGGGGAACCUGGCUCUGGUUCUAAUUCUGGAUACAGCAACUACUCUACUGGGAUCUAAGGAGAGGGCCUGUCAGCUGCCCCUGUUUGAGUACCUGGUGGAGAGGAUGUGUUCUCUCUGUUAUGACAGAGCCUGGUAUGCCAAGUUUGGAGGGUGCCUGGCUGUCAGGUUUAUGUAUGAGAGGAUGGCUCUGAAGUGGGUACUGGAGCAUCAGUUUAUCUUUCUGAAGGCUCUUCUGUUUGUGAUGAUGGACCUCACCAAAGAGGUGUCCAGUGGUGCUGUGGACUUGGCUAAAAAUAACCUGGAGAACAUGCUGAUCAAGUGUGCCUCAGAAAUCGAGGGGGAGAAAUCCUCGGAGGAGAUACUGGCCGCCCAGAAGAAAUCCUUACACGAGGUGGUGCAUGAACUGGUCAGACAGAUCACCUCCCCCAACACAAUCGUCAGGGAACAGGCCAUGCAUUCCUUGGAAAUUUUGGCCAAGACUACAGGGAGGUCAGUGACAGACAUCAUGGAACCUCAUAAAGAGGUGCUACAGGAUAUGAUUCCUCCCAAAAAACACCUCCUCAGACACCAGCCUGCCAAUGCACAGAUAGGACUUAUGGAUGGCAACACUUUCUGUACUACUCUACAGCCCCGGCUAUUUACUAUUGAUCUUAAUGUACUGGAGCACAAUGUAUUCUUCACUGAGCUGCUGAGUCUAUGUGAGGCAGAGGAUGCUGUGUUGUUGAAGCUUCCCUGUUAUAAGUCAGUAACAGACCUCGUACCACUAAGGAAAAGUGCUCUCAGAGCCCUGGCUGCCUGCCACUACAUUUCUAACAAGAGGGAGAAGAUCUUCAAUGUUUUAUAUAAGGCCUUAAACAGUAACAGUACAGAACUACAAGAGGUCGCCCACGACUGUAUGAAGAAAUUUAUACUGGGAUGUCAGAUUGAUAUGGAGAGUGUACACACCGCAAUCCGCCCCCUCCUUCUGACCCUGGGGGAUCACCGCAGUCUGAACGCCAGCGUCAUACAGAGACUGUCCUACAUCACACAACUCUUCCCGAACACAUUUAAUGAAAAACUUUGUGAACAGCUGCUGACACACUUGAAGAAAUGGUUAGAGGUGGCAGCCAUCAGUCAGAAGAGUGGGCAGAACAAAUCCAAUGGGCAGGUCAUAGGUCAGGAACUUAAGACCUGUGCUGCCAUCAUUAACAUUUUCCACAUGAUACCAGCAGCCAGCAGUAAGCUGAUUGAACCACUCAUUGUUGUAGCCCUCGGUGGAGAAAAGUCACUGUUCUUAGAGGCUGGCAGUCCCUUCAGAGACCCUCUUGUAAAGUUCCUGUCACGGUAUCCUGAGGUUACAGUUGACCUGUUUUUGAGUGAAGCCAGAUUAAAGGACCAUCAGUGGAACAGACUCUUUGAGUUUAUCUUGACACACAGUGAUGGUAAAAAGUUCCGAGAAGUUCUGGAGGCCAACCCAACCAAGCUGUUGAAUAUUGGACAGCAACAGAGUUCGGAGAAUGUCCCAGUGACGGCGGGGACUAACGACCUCCAGUUUCAGAUGAUCAAACUCAUCAGUCUACUGACAAAGUUUGAGGAGGCCUGGCUAUCUCAACAUACACAGAUAAUCACCCAUUUGUUGAGCAUUUGGAAAAGUGAAAAUUUUCUGGAGAGGCACAAAAAAGUGAACUCUGUAGAUUUUGUGAUUUGGAAGGAACCAGCACUGCUAGUAAAAUGUCUGCUGAACUAUUUCAAGUACCACACAAAUGAGAUAGAGCUUCUGUUCCACAUCCUGCGGUGCUUCACCACGCGGUUCAUCAUACAGUUCCAGUUUGUCAAGGACUUUCUGGACAAUGUGGUGGCGGCGACAUACACCAUUGAAUGGAAGAGAAGUGCCUUCUUCAAAUUUGUGGACAUCUUUCAUGAUCAGACCUGGACACAGGAUUUGAAAGCCAAAAUUCUGCAGCACAUCUUGAUUCCAUGUUUCCAACAUGCCUUUGAGCAAAACGAUGGGGAGAAACUGAUUGGAGGACCCCCCACCCCAGACCAGGACAACCCAGAGAAUGUCAUCAGUGCAUUCAUCACCAAAAUCAUCGACCCUGAGAACCCAUUUGGGACCUCGGACUCGGUCAGGAUUCUUUUAUUACAGCUGUCCUCCCUACUGGUGGAGCAGGCCUCCUCUCACAUCCAUGACGCCAACAACAAGAAACAGGGUAACAAACUGAGGCGACUGAUGACAUUUGCCUGGCCGUGCCUCCUCAGUAAGAACUGUGUGGACCCCGCCACCAAAUACCACGGACACCUCCUACUGUCCCACAUCAUUGCAAAGUUUGCCAUCCAUAAACGCAUUGUACUGCAGGUGUUCCAUAGCCUACUGAAAGCCCAUGCAGUUGAGGCCCGGGCUGUGGUCAGACAGGCCCUUGAGAUCUUAACCCCAGCCAUGCCAGGACGAAUGGAAGACGGAAAUGGUAUGUUGACUCACUGGACCAAGAAGAUAAUUGUUGAGGAGGGACACACUGUGGCUCAGCUUGUCCAUAUUCUACAACUGGUGGUCCGUCACUACAAAGUGUAUUACCCGGUCAGACAUCACCUGAUCCCUCACAUGGUCAACUCCCUACAGAGGCUGGGCUUCACCUCUAGUGCCACUAUAGAACACAGGAAGCUGGCUGUUGACUUGGCAGAAGUAGUCAUUAAGUGGGAAGUUCAGAGGGUCAAGGAUGAUCAAGAGGUCAAUGAGCCUGCCCCUGACCUGACCCAGGCACCACAGCAGAAUGUGGGAACUAAACGUCCUGCCCCUGGUACCCCCCUUUCAGUGGACUCACCCCAGGAGGCCAAACGAUCACGUCACUCCUCAGGGGCACCCAGUGAAAGUAACAAGAGUGUGACUGAGAGUAGUAAACCAAUAGAGAAGAAUUACUGUGAUGCUGUGGUCAACUUCCUAUUGAGAAUUGCUUGUCAGGUGAAUGAGAGCCCUGGAUCCCCAGGUGAGCUGUUGUCACGGCGAUGUGUGGCUCUCCUGAAGAUGGCGCUUCGUCCAGACUUCUGGCAGAAUACGGAGCUGAAGCUGGCGUGGUUUGACAAACUCCUGACGACAGUAGAGAACCAUCAGCCAAAUUUUAACAACAUCUGUACAGCCCUGGAGCUCCUCAGCUUCCUGUUAACUAUACUGAAAAAGGACACAAUCCUCUCUAGUUUUAAGCCCCUCCAGCGAGGUAUUGCAGCAUGUAUGACCUGCCCCAAUACCAAGGUCAUUCGUGGUGUCCAUGGUCUGUUGUCCCGCCUGAUGAGUUUCUUCCCCACAGAACCAGUGACUUCUAAUGUGGCCUCUAAGUAUGAGGAACUGGAAUGUCUGUAUGCUUGUGUCAGCAAAGUGGUCUAUGAAGGACUCACCAACUAUGAAAAGUCAACCAAUGGUUCCCCCACACAGCUGUUUAGUACCCUGAUGAUUCUGAAGGCAGCCUGUAUGCACAAUCAAUGUUACAUUGACCGACUCAUUACCACAUUCAUGAAGGUCCUACACAAGAUGGCGCGGGAGCACCUGCAGCCCACCUCUACUGAGACAAGUCCCAUGGCCAGUGAGUUACUGAUUUUGAGUCUGGAUCUGGUCAAGAACAGAGUAGGAGUUAUGUCCCUCGAGAUGAGGAAAAGUUUUAUUGGUCAGAUCUUAGUUGGCCUGAUUGAGAAAACAACUGACCCAAAAGUCAUGAAAGCCAUAACUAAAAUGGUAGAGGACUGGGUCAAAACAAAGACCCCUAUAGCUAUUAACCAGUCCCCGGUCAUCAGAGAAAAGGCCAUACUGCUGGUCAAGCUGAUGCAGCACGUGGAGAAGAGGUUCCCUGAGGAACAGGAACUCAACGCUCAGUUCCUGGAACUCGUUAAUUACAUCUACAGGGAUGAAAGCUUGAGUGGCACAGAGCUGACCUCUAAAUUGGAGCCAGCAUUUUUAGCAGGACUGAGAUGUAACCAACCUCCCAUCAGACAGAAAUUUGUAGAGGUGUUUGAUAACAGUAUUCCUAAGAGGAUUUUUGACCGCUUGCUAUACAUCACAUGUUCACAGAACUGGGAGUCCAUGGGAGGACAUUUCUGGAUCAAACAGUGUCUAGAGUUAAUCCUGUCAGUGGCUAUGACUGGGCACACCAUACAAAGCUCCUCCCCGAUGAAUCUCCUGCCCUCGGCCAGCAGUAUUGUUAAUUUAGCGGACAGCCAGGAGAGGGCGGCCUUCGCCAGCAUCAUGAAAAUGAAGGAAGAACCAAUGGAUGUGGAAUCUGUAGACUCCAACAAAGAAGAGGAGGAGAUUGACAUGGAGUUAGGGGGCGUGUCCUCGGAUGACAACACCUCCUCCAAGGAACCUCCCAAGAAAGACCUACAGGAACCCAAACAAAGUAUCAACACAUUACUACAGAGACAGGCCAAGUUCUUAGAGGGCUGCCGGGAAGUCAAGACUGUGUCAUACCUGAACUCCCUGUCACAGUUGUGUCACAGUACGACAGACCUGACACACAGUAUCUGGAUUGACAUCUUCCCAAGGAUCUGGAAAAUUCUCUCAGAGAAACAACAAGGGAUGAUAUCUGGGGAGCUGAUCCCCUUUAUGUGCAGUGGGAGCCAUGUGAUACAGAAGGACUGUCAUCCCAGCUCUAUACACACGUUCCUGGAGGGACUUUCUCAUGUGGUACCUCCUGUACAGAUCAGGCCUGCUGUCUUAAAGUACCUUGGUAAGACACACAACCUCUGGCACCGAGCCUGUCUACUGCUGGAACAACUCGCGUUUGAGAACAAUGCUCAGCAGGCUCUGAAGAAUCGUCCAGGGAGCGAGUACGAGUUUGAGCCAGUCCAGUCAUCUCAACAGGAGACUUUGGACUGCCUCUGUGAGCUCUACUCUCUGCUGAAGGAGUCUGACAUGUGGACGGGACUCUGGCAGAAACGAUCCAAGUUCCCAGAAUCCAACACUGCUAUAGCCUACGAACAGCACGGCUUCUUUGAACAGGCACAGAGUGCAUACGAACAGUGUAUGACCAAGGCCCGACAGGAACACAACACUGCCCCUGCCCAGCCCUCAGUUUUACCGGAGUACAAAUUGUGGGAGGACCACUGGAUCAGGUGCUGUAAGGAGUUGAACCAGUGGGACUUGCUUCUGGAGUAUGCCACGUCUAAGGGGAACACAAACCCCCACCUGGUUCUAGAGAGUGCCUGGAGGGUUCCUAACUGGUCAGUCAUGAAGGAUGCCCUUGCCCAGGUGGAGCUGAGCUGUCCUAAAGAAAUGGCCUGGAAAGUCAACCUGUAUAGAGGUUAUAUUGCCAUCUGUCAUCCCGACGACCAUCAUCUCAACAUGGUUACCAUGAUUGAGCGGCUGGUGGAGGUGUCCAGUAAUCUGGCCAUCAAAGAGUGGCGCCGCCUGCCUUCCAUUGUAUCCCACAUCCAUGUGCCCCUCCUCCAGGCGGCACAGCAGAUCAUGGAGCUCCAGGAAGCUGCUCAGAUAAACCAGGGCCUCCAGCCAGCCAACAUUACCCGCAGUUCUAGUCUACAUGACAUGAAGGCCAUCGUUAAAACUUGGAGGAACCGUCUACCAAUGAUAUCUGAUGACCUUUCCCACUGGAGUGACAUUUUUACCUGGAGACAACACCAUUAUCAAUUCAUUGUCAAUCACUAUGACUCCCAUGCCCAGCAAGACCCACAAAACAGUAACCACUCAAUGCUUGGCGUCCAUGCUUCUGCUCAGGCUAUCAUCCAUUUUGGUAAAAUUGCCAGGAAACAUGGACUGACCGGGGUCUGUCUGGACUCUCUCAGCAGGAUCCACACCAUCCCCAGUGUUCCUAUCGUGGAUUGUUUCCAGAAGAUCAGACAACAGGUCAAGUGUUACCUACAGAUGGCGGGCACCAUGGGUAAAAAUGAACUGCAGGAGGGCCUGGAGGUGAUUGAGUCCACCAAUCUGAAGUACUUCACCAAGGAGUUCACAGCGGAAUUCUACGCAUUAAAGGGGAUGUUCCUAGCCCAGAUUGGCCGCUCUGAGGAUGCCAACAAGGCAUUCAGUGCUGCGGUGCAGAUGCAUGACACCCUGGUCAAAGCUUGGGCUCUCUGGGGAGAUUACCUAGAGAAUGUCUUCACAAAAGAAAAGAAGACAGAGCUAGGUGUGUCAGCCAUCACCUGUUUCCUGCACGCCUGUCGUCACCAGAAUGAGAGUAAAUCUAGGAAGUAUCUGGCCAAGGUUCUGUGGCUCCUGACGUACGAUGACGAGAAGUCAGCUCUGGCAGAGGCAGUGGACAAGUAUUGUGUGGGGGUACCACCGAUACAGUGGCUACCUUGGAUUCCUCAGCUACUGACUUGCCUGGUGAGGAGUGAGGGGCGCCUCAUCAUGAACCUCCUCAGUCAGGUGGGUAGGAUGUACCCUCAGGCCGUGUACUUCCCCAUCAGGACCCUUUAUCUCACACUCAAGAUUGAGCAGAGGGAGAGAUAUAAGAGUGGUGAUCCUAGUGCUGCCCCAGUCAGCAGAACCCCCUCCACUACCCAGCAGUCCUCAGUAAUCACCACGACAACCGCUACAACAACCGUAACCUCUAGUUCAUCAGGUCCCCCAGGAUCAUCAGUACCCUCCACCCCCACCACUCCUGGAAUCUCUCUGACUGUUGAUGAGCCACUGCAAACCACAGUCCCAACUUCGGGCACCACCUCUCAGGGGGCUGCCGGUCAGGGAGGUCAGAAGGGUGGGUCUGCAGGAGGAGCAGAUGCAGGCCCCAUCCGCGCCCCUGCCCCGAUGUGGAGGUGUAGCAAGAUCAUGCACCUGCAGCGAGAGCUCCAUCCCACCAUCCUCAACUCAUUGGAGGGAAUUGUUGACCAGAUGGUGUGGUUCAGAGAGAAUUGGUAUGAAGAAGUAUUGAGACAGCUUAAACAGGGACUGACCAAGUGUCACGCUGUGGCUUUUGAGAACAGAGGGGCUGUUGCUGAUGCCACCAUCACUCCACACACACUGAACUUUGUGAAGAAGUUGGUGAGUACAUUUGGGGUGGGGAUAGAGAACGUCUCCAGUGUUAGCACCACCUUCUCCAGCGCCGCCUCGGAGUCCCUGGCUCGCCGCGCUCAGGCCACCGCUCAGGACCCUGUCUUCCAGAAAAUGAAGAGCCAGUUCACCACAGAUUUUGACUUCAAUGUCCCUGGUUCAACCAAGCUACACAAUCUGAUCAACAAACUGAAGAAAUGGAUCAAAAUCCUGGAAGCUAAAACCAAGCUACUGCCAAAAUCUUUCCUGAUUGAAGAGAAAUGUCGAUUCCUGAGUAACUUUUCUCAGCACACAGCUGAGGUAGAACUGCCAGGAGAGUUCCUGUUACCAAAGCACAGCCAUUACUAUGUACGGAUUGCCCGCUUCAUGCCACGAGUGGAAAUUGUACAAAAACACAACACAGCAGCCAGACGCCUGUACAUCAGAGGUCACAAUGGAAAGGUGUACCCCUACCUGGUGGUCAAUGAUGCGUGUCUGACAGAGUCCCGUCGGGAGGAGCGAGUCCUUCAGCUGUUACGCAUGAUGAAUCAUUUCUUGACCAAACAGAAGGAGACGCUACGUCGACUUCUCUACUUCACAGUCCCCCGUGUUGUGGCUAUCUCCCCCCAGAUGAGAUUAGUGGAGGAUAAUCCAGCCUCCAUCUCACUGCUGGAUGUCUAUAAACAGAGAUGUACCAAGCGAGGUAUAGAGCAUGAUGCCCCUGUUGCUAGGUACUACGAGCGUCUGGCAACAGUCCAGGCCCGGGGGUCACAGGCAAGUCACCAGGUCCUGAGGGACAUCCUCAAGGAUGUUCAGAGUAACAUGGUCCCCCGGGGUCUACUGAAGGAAUGGGCUGUACACACAUUCCAGACCGCCACAGACUACUGGACAUUCAGGAAAACGCUGACAAUCCAGUUGGCUUUGAUGGGAUUUGCUGAGUUUGUCCUCCACCUGACCAGAAUGAACCCAGACAUGGUGUACCUCCAUCAGGACUGUGGUUACAUCAACAUCUCCUACUACAAGUUUGACAUUGACGACCAGUCAGGUGAGCUAGAUGCUAACCGCCCUGUACCAUUCCGACUGACCCCCAACAUUGCUGAGUUCCUGACAAUGACCGGAGUUAAUGGUCCACUGACUGCCUCAAUGGUAGCCUCUGCCCGAUGUCUGGUCCAGCCUCAGUACAAGCUGCCCAGUUUUCUCAGAGCCGUGCUUAGAGAUGAAUACAUUACAUGGCAUAAGAAAAAACAGGAAGAGUUGAAACCUGGAGUAGAACCUACAGACAUGGAGAGUGAACAGCUGAUUAAUAUGGUGAACAAAGCAGUGUCUGCCAUCACCACUAGACUUCAUAAUUUGGCUACAUUUGAUGGAGCAGAAAGCCGGGUCAGUACUCUGGUAGCAGCUGCUAACAGUCAUGAUAAUCUGUGUAGAAUGGACCCAGCCUGGCAUCCGUGGUUGUAGGGGACAUAUAUUCAGCAUGUAGUCCCUAUCUUUAUGUGACAUUUCUCUUGGGGAACCAGCAUAAUAUUUUUGUUCUAAUGGACAUACCCUUGACAUGAAUUUGGGCUGAAGGAGACAUAACUUGAAUGGUUGUCAUCCAUAUAUUACGAA